AGGAAGCGGCGUGUAUUCGCUACACAAAAAGUGGAAGUGGAUGGAGAGCCUGAAGUUUUUAAAGGACGUUGAAAUGGAAAACUUGAACACACAAGGCAAUUAUGGCACCGUGACUACAGAAGGUGACGACUCCUUCCUCAGCGACCUUGGCGAAUCCGCCUGUAGCAGUAUCAGUUUAAAUAUGCUUCCUCAAUCACCGCAGACGCAGACGCAGACACAGACACAGACACAGACUGGACGGAAACGUAAAAUAGAGGAAUUGCUUGAAAGCUCGAAUAGAGACUUUCAAAGAGUGCCGACGUUAGCAGAGGAAAUGUUGGUCGGUGGCACGGAGAGAUCCGCCAUUCAAAUAUUUUUUGAAAGCCUUGCCAAGCAGGCGGAGGGAGCUAACUUAAAUAGCCUGGAAAUGUCCGAUUUACAACUCCAAAUGUCUCAAACAUUCCACCAAUUUUUAGUAAAUCGCAAAAAAUAAGUUUUAAAUAAAAGCU